GAUUUAUCAUGUGUUUAUCUUCUCAAUACUUCUGAAAAGUUGUUAGACAAAUUACAGAACUAGUUUUUGGUGCAGAUAAGUUACAUCGCCAGCCAUUGAACAAUGUCUACAAAUUAUGAGAGGAUGCGUAGUUCUCAGCAAGUAGGAUUUUCUAGGCAUCUAAACUCGGGAGAAGAAAAGAAAGUUCCAAAUUCUCGUCAACUUCCAGAAUGGGCUUGGAAAGCUCUAGUCCAGAUUUUAGGAAUCAAAUUGAAAGGCAGGAGGAGGGUGCCAUGUUUAUCUGUGUUCCUUCACGCUGUUACUCUAUUCCUUGCUACGGUAUUCUCAGUCACAGGCAUGGUACAUACUGUGUAUGACAUCAGGAGCAGCUAUUCUCAAACCACCUUAACCAUAGGCUUAUCUAACAUCAUGCUUGGCUUUGGGUGGAUAUGUCUUGGACUGUAUUCUCAGAAACUUGCAGGAAGACUUUUCUCAAAUCGCAAUUUCUCUGAAAGUGUUCGCAUUCAUUCUCGUACAUUUUUCAAGGUCAGUGCUAUUGGAUUGGUGACUUUUCUCAGCGUGGCAAUGAUCGUGCUAAACUGUUACUCAGACUUCCACAUCUUUGGACCUAACAACUGUGACAAGAUCUUUCUACAUAAUUCAAUCUGCCAUAUCAUGUUUGCCUCCCACGUGGCCUUCAGCACUAUGUCUCUGAUCUGGAACCUUCUGGUGUGUUGUGUCUUGUUGUCUGUUUGCAGAACUCAUACAAUGGGUCUCAGGAAGUUUAUGUUGCUUCUAGAGGAAGAUGCUCGACAUUACAUGCGGAAGUUCCAGAAACAGGAACCUGUACACAUGUGUCAUCUAAGUCAUGUGGCAUCAGAGGAGGGGGCUGAUUUUUUUAUUUGGGAUGACAACAUAUCCGCAAAAGGAAACCGAGCCCAGACCUUAGAAGGAAAUGAUAAUCCUGAGGACAUUGUUUCUAGCCAGUCCACCAGCACAGUGGAAAUCUCCGCAUCAAUAAAUGAUGAGGACAAGGAAGUAUUUGAAGAAAGUGAAGACAUACCCUCUAAAUUCUCCUUAACGAGGCUAGGGGCCUCCUUAAAGUCAGUACUCAGUCCAGACCAGAUUCUCCACUACUACUGGAGGUUAUCAAGUCGUAUGCGGCUGACGUCCACCUGCCUACAAAGAUGGAUGGCCAGCUGGAUUGCCUACGUCAUUCUGUGGUGUGGUGAUUACAUUAUAUACUGGAUCAGCCAUCACGCCACUGUCCUCGAAAUCUCUCAGUUUCUGAUCCCAAUGGCUCUACUCUUUAUCACCACAUCUGCCUUUGCAGAGGCCAACUUUGAAGGAGAAAGGAUGAUCCAAUGUAUUUAUCCAACAAAAGAUAGAUUAAAGACCCAGGCUUUCCUUGCACAACAACCCCUACAGAUGAAGGUAUUCAACAUUAGUGUAUCAUACAAUGCCAUCCUGGGAGUGAUUCUGGCGUUUGCUGCUGCCAUUGCUUCUCGCAUCAUUCUGGAUGAACUCAGCAUAAUUAUUCAAAGAGGGGGAGGAGAACAGCUGAUUAAAAAGAUAAAAGAUGCAUCCGAAAUGAAUUGCCGAUUUUAUCCUUUGGCCUACACCCUAGCAGUAUGUGCCAGGAGCACCAAUCAGGCUGUCUCCAAAAAAGCGUAUGAGGCUCUUCCGAUAGUUUGUAAGAUACCAGGACAUUUGUUUCUGUUUAUAAGUUACUGUCAGAAGUCGUUGGAUCUGAAAUCAUGGCCUAGAAAACACAGAAAAGCUAUAGCUAGAUGGUACACAGAAAACCCAUGUUACCUUGAGGAUCCAUUGCUUCUGGCAAAACAUGUGACUAAGUAUAAGAAACGUCAUGGAAUAACUCACAAAAGAGUGAUCAAAUCUUGUCAUCCAAAUCCAGGCAGAUGUCCAACAGACAUCAGGUAUAUUUUGUGCUAUGUUACUAAAGGUAUAGCCAAGGCAACUCAGUUAAAACAAAGAGAGGGGGGGAGAAUUUCUCAAAGAGUAGUAGAAUUCAUAGAAGAUGUAGAGACAAUUAAGAAAAAAAAUGUACCAGAAGAGGACUUAAUAAAUAUAAUAAGAAAACAACAACUGACGUGGGAACAAAUACCCAAUGAAUUUUUGCGAUUCAAAAAAGUAUGGAAUGCCUUGCUUCACUUGAUGCCAAUGACUGCAUUGUUGAGAAAUUUAGGCAAACUUACCAAAUUUGGAUUGCUUCAGCCUGGGAGUGUUGAAGAGAAGAGAGUUUGCUCUAGAAUUGAGAAUCAAGACAUCUUAAAGCAAGCCUAUCUACAUCCCAUUCAGAUUCUGUCAUCUCUUAACGGUUAUAGGAGGGGACGUGAAUUACGCAGCAACCAACGUAGAUGGGCAGUCAAUCCUAAUAUUGUUAAGUCUCUAACGAAAGCAUUUAUGAUCCAGUUGGCUUCUAACAGGAUACAAAUGCAGCCAAAGAAUAUCUUGAUUGCAAUAAAUGUUCAGAUUGCAAUGGAAAACCAUGUUGUUGGAAUCCCAUCAAUGAACUGCAAGCAGACAGCUAUUGCCUUAGCAAUGACUCUUAGAAAUGUGUAUAGCAGUUCAGCCCACACCAUCACAUUUGGAGGUAAAAACACUAGAGGACAAGGAUUUGAUUUCCCACUAACUGAAGAAGGCUUGUUUGACACUGAGAAAGUAUUGGAAUCCAUAGUGCCUAGAAAGGAUUAUGAAGCAACUGAUUUUGGUGAACCAUUUCAAUAUGCUCUUGGGAAUCUGGAGCGAGUUGAUGCAAUUAUCAUCAUGACUGACCACCUUACAACAGAAGAUCAAAAAGAUAUAAGAAAUCACUAUGCACAGUUUAAGCAGAGUAAGAGAAACACGUCACUCAUCACGAUCUGCUUCAAGAACAGCGGAAAGGUCCCUCCCGUUGCUGAUCCUGAAGACCCACGCAUGCUGGACGUUAUUGGGGUGGACGCUGAUGCGGUCAAAAUCAUCCUCUCUUUCCUCUCUGGGGAGGAGGAAAGAUUCCAAGACAUGCUGGCAGGAAUUGUCGACCUGAGAGUAGAGGAAGAGAUGGAACAAGACUGAGGAGGGAUACACUGUGAUUCAAUUUGGACUCUCCUGGCGUUUUGGAGGUUAAUAUCACAAUGAUAUUCGCAUAGCAUUCGAUUUGAUCCUGCAGUUUAAUCUGAAGUAUAAAUCUGUGAAAUCUUAAUACGGAGAACAAAAAGGGUAAAAUUAAAGAAACAGAAACUUUGAAUUGUAGAUCAUAAAUGAUUACUUUUUGAGUAUAUGCUUAUUGUGAUACCAGAUGAAGAAAAUGACUGCCCAAAAAUGCAGGAAUAAGUUAAUUGUACAGUCAUUCUGCAUGCAUGAAUAAUACCUUUACUAUCAUACUACUUCGUUCAGAAAUUUCCUUUGCAUAGGAGCAUACAAUGCAACUAAUAGUUGCAAUAGCUUUUUGGCCAGUUUGUGUAAUUGAUGAGCAUAUAUAAUUUUUUGGCUUUGCAAAUUGGCACCAAUAAUCACAUGAUAAUAAGAAUGCAUACAUGUCAAAAAGGAACCAUCUAUAACAUGUAUAAAUUACAAAGGAAAAAUUAUGUGUGCCCUCAGAUCUGAAAAUUUUGAUAUGCUUUAAACUAGACUUAUUCAUAUACUGUGAUAAACAUCAUGUAUAUAGAUUCAUCUGAAUCGAUCUUGAAGUUGGUCAAUGGUCAUCAUUGGUACCAGAGGUAUUUUGAUUGACCUCAAGCACUUGUGUCUUUUUAAAAUUAUUAUCAUACGAUGAGGUAAAAAUUUAUUACAGAACCAAGUGUCUAUAUGGCUGACUUUAGUUAAUUGUAUCAAGUACUAUUAUAUUUAUUUUUAUAUAUUAUGAAAAAAUGACUCAUUUUUCUUCUCUUUACAAUCAAAGGUUGUUGAUUACCUGGUAAAUUCAUGCACUGUGAAGCAAUAUCCUGAUUAAUGUACAAACUACAUGACCAGGCCUGCAGUGCUGAAAAAAAGUUUUUGGUGCACACUGCAGUUUAAGCCGUAGUAGUUCAUGGUCCUUUUGUUCAUGUACAGUUUCAAAGUCCUUGUACUACAGUAAUUACAUCAAUCUGCAAGUAAAGCUUCAACUUUAUUAAAUUUUAAGGAUUCAUUUUGGUUGCUGAUAUUUAAUCUUUAAAAAUAUAUAUCUAUAAGAAAAUUAUAAUCUUUUUUCUACAUUCUAUUGCCAAAUUAUAUAAGGAUGAAGUAAGGUUAAUUGCUAGAUUACUUAUAAAAUCCACAGUGUAUAUGUUUAUAUGUGUUUGCAAGAAUCUUCAGGGAAUACUCACUGCAUGAUCAUGAAUUCUAUAACUUGAGCAUAUACAUGUAUAUUCUUUAAUUACCCCUAUAUAGUCUCUAGUGUUGAACCAUUGUUUAUGUAUAUACCUUAGUCUGUUUCAAGUUGUUUCAGUUUAUUAAUCAAUAAAGUCAUUAUGAUUAUAA